AUGAGGGCCCUGAUCGCUUUUGUCGCAGCCUUAGCUGUGGUUGCAGCCAACGCGCCGGUACCCACUGGCAAAGUAAUUUGCUAUUAUGACAGCAAGAGCUAUGUCAGAGAAUCUCAAGCUCGGAUGCUGCCGUUGGAUUUGGACCCGGCUCUAUCGUUCUGCUCCCAUUUGGUGUAUGGAUAUUCUGGAGUACACCCUGACACCUACAAAAUGGUGCCCCUUAACGAGAACUUAGAUGUAGACCGCUCACACGCUAACUACAGAGCCAUUACGAACUUCAAGUCUAAAUACCCAGGAAUGAAGGUCCUUUUGUCAGUUGGAGGAGAUGUUGAUACGGAAGAUCCCCAAAAAUACAAUUUAUUGCUGGAAUCUCCGCAAGCUCGUACCGCUUUCGUGAACUCUGGAGUGCUCUUAGCUGAGCAACACGGCUUCGACGGUAUCGACCUGGCAUGGCAGUUCCCUAAGAUCAAACCCAAGAAAAUACGCUCAACCUGGGGAUCAAUCUGGCACGGAAUCAAGAAAACUUUCGCCACCACGCCCGUUGACGACAAAGAACCUGAACAUCGCGAAGGUUUCACCGCGCUUGUUCGCGAGAUGAAGCAGGCGCUUAGCCUCAAACCGAACAUGCAAUUGGCCGUUACUAUUCUCCCUAAUGUAAAUGCAUCCAUUUACAUCGACGUUCCUGCCAUCAUUAAUCACGUGGAUUACGUAAAUUUGGAGGCCUUCGACUACUACACUCCAGAGAGGAACCCUAAAGAAGCGGAUUACACUGCUCCAGUCUACACUCCCCAGAACAGGAACGAGCAUCAAAACGCUAAUGCGGCUGUUUCUUACUUCCUUCAAGCCGGUGCCCCCAGUUACAAGAUUGUUUUAGGUAUUAGUACAUUAGCCCGCACCUGGAAACUUGACUCUGAAAGUGAGAUUUCUGGAGUUCCUCCAAUUCACACUGAUGGACCCGGCGAAGCAGGACCUUACACCAAAAUCGAAGGAAUCUUAAGCUAUCCUGAAGUUUGUGCCAAACUCAUUAAUCCCAACCACCAGAAAGGAAUGCGGCCACAUCUAAGAAAGGUGACCGAUCCCAGCAAACGUUUCGGAACUUAUGCGUUCCGUUUACCCGAUGACAGCGGCGAAGGCGGACUCUGGGUGAGCUAUGAGGAUCCAGACACGGCUGGUCAAAAGGCUGCAUUCGUUAAGUCUAAGAACUUGGGAGGAGUUUCCAUUGUUGACCUCUCUAUGGAUGAUUUCCGUGGUCUCUGUACUGGCGACAAAUAUCCAAUUCUUCGUGCCGCCAAAUACCGUCUUUAA